CUCAUUUUGCGACAAGGCGUAAAGAUGGUCAAAUCAUACCUGAAGUACGAACAGUCGAAAAUCUUCGGUCUCGUCAAUUCAAGCACAUCAAAUGCUAUUUGGUCUGCAGAUACAGAUACCUCCCGAAAUACAGGUGCGGGCAGGGCCAUAGUCCCUGCAAAUGAAGAAGUCCUGUGUUGGGAUAUCAAGAAGGGGGAGCUGUUGAGUCGGUGGAAAGACAAUAAUUGCAGAUCACAGGUCACCGCUAUCGUCCAGAGCACAACCGACAACGAUAUCUUCGCCGUCGGGUAUGAAGACGGGAGCAUACGGCUUUGGGAUUCAAAAAUCGCAACGAUCAUUGUCAGCUUUAAUGGUCAUCGAUCAGCUAUUACAGUGCUGGCUUUUGAUCCAUCCGGAGUUCAACUUGCAAGUGGUUCGAAAGAUACGGAUAUCAUAUUAUGGGAUUUAAUCGCUGAGGUGGGCUUGUUUAAGUUGAGGGGCCACAAGGAUCAGGUUACGGGCCUCGAAUUUCUUCGGGCGGAAGCUCCUAGACCAAAAGAGGAAAAUGGAGAAAGCAUCGUUGGAGAGUACGACAACUCGAGUGUUCAAGGAGGCUAUCUUCUCACUACUGGCAAAGAUGCCCUCAUCAAACUCUGGGAACUCACCUCGCGGCAUUGCAUAGAGACUCAUGUUGCACAGACGAACGGGGAAUGCUGGUCACUUGGUGUCUCACCGGAUGGUAGUGGUUGCAUUACUGCAGGAAACGAUGGAGAGUUGAUAGUUUGGUCGAUCGACAUCGCAGGUCUUGGCCAACUUUCCAGCCGGAUGGAUGAUAAUGGAAGUCGCUUCUUGCACAACAGGGGUGUCCUUCAUCGCACAGGUAGGGACCGAACUCUAGAGAUCAAAUUCCACCCGCGACAAGAUUAUAUUGCUGUGCAUGGAUCUGAAAAAAACGUGGAACUAUGGAGGAUCCGGUCCGAAGAGGAGGUGAAGAGGAGUUUGGCGCGGAAGCGUAAGAGAAGACGAGAAAAACAAGCUACGGAUGGAAUGAAAAUGGAUUUGGACGCAGAAAAGACGGAUCCAGUGGAGACGAAUGAUGAUAUAUCAAGUGUUGAAAUCGGAGACUUCUUCGUCCCUUAUCUGAUCGUUAGGACUGGUGGGAAAGUCCGCUCGGCGGACUGGGUCAAACAGAAAGCUUCAAAUGUCGUGCAACUACUGAUAUCUACGACCAACAACCAAUUGGAGGUUUAUGCUGUCGAUACAAUUGAUAAAACACGGAAAUCGAAAAGGGAUGAAGCGUCAUACUCCCGAGCCCUAGCGGUUGAGUUACCAGGCCACAGGGCUGAUAUUCGAGCUUUGGCACUUAGCUCGGACGACAGAAUGCUUGCAACGGCAUCUAAUGGUGGCCUGAAGAUCUGGAAUGUACGUACAAGAGGCUGCAUUCGCACUUUUGAAUGUGGCUACGCCUUGUGCUGUGCCUUCUUGCCUGGAGACAAGAUAGUGGUUGUUGGCAAUAAAUCUGGGGAAUUGCAACUCUUCGAUGUUGCCUCGGCUGCGCUUCUCGGAACCGUGACGGCGCACGAGGGUGCAGUAUGGGCUCUGCAGAUCCACCCAGACGGAAGGUCACUUGUUUCGGGAAGUGCUGACAAGUCGGCCAAAUUCUGGGACUUCGAAGUCAUUCAGGAAGAGAUUCCCGGUACGAAACGGACCACGCCUAGACUGGGACUUGCUCACACGAGAACUCUAAAAGUCUCGGAUGACAUACUCAGUCUUCGAUUUUCACCGGAUUCUCGAGUGCUUGCAGUAGCACUUUUAGACAACACCGUCAAGGUAUUCUUCCUCGACUCGCUAAAACUUUUCCUGAAUUUGUACGGCCACAAGUUGCCGGUUUUAAGCAUGGAUAUCUCCUUCGACAGCAAGCUGAUAGUUACUUGCUCUGCCGAUAAGAACAUUCGGCUCUGGGGCCUCGACUUUGGUGAUUGCCACAAGGCAUUCUUUGCUCAUCAGGAUAGUAUUCUCCAAGUUGCCUUCGUGCCUCACAAUCAGGAUGGCAACGGGCACUACUUUUUCAGCAGUAGUAAAGACAAGACAAUCAAGUACUGGGAUGGCGACAAAUUCGAGCAGAUUCAAAGGCUGGAUGGCCAUCAUGGGGAAAUAUGGGCCCUAGCUGUGAGUCGUACUGGCAACUUUCUUGUGAGUGCUAGCCAUGACAAGAGCAUCCGAAUCUGGGAUCAGACAGACGAGCAAAUCUUUUUGGAGGAAGAGAAAGAAAAGGAAUUGGAAGAAUUGUACGAAAAUACCCUGGCAACAUCACUGGAGCAGGGUGAAGAUAAGGACAAUGAGGUAGAGGUUGGUACUGUCUCAAAACAGACAAUCGAAACUCUUACUGCCGGGGAAAGAAUUGCAGAGGCCCUGGAGAUCGGGAUGGUAGACCUAGGCAACAUGAAGGAUUGGGAGGUGGCAAGGUCGACGCAGCCCAACAUUGCACCACCAUCUCGAAAUCCUCUGUUUAUCGCUCUGGGGGGGGUCAGCGCCGAGACACACGUCCUAACAGUCCUUCAAGGCAUCAAGGCCGCGGCCCUGCAAGACGCUCUCCUGGUUCUGCCUUUUGCCACAGUCCCACCUCUCUUUACAUUCCUCAACAUCUUCGCCACAAAGUCAAUGAAUAUCCAGUUGACCUGCCGGAUCCUUUUUUUCAUGCUCAAAACUCACCAUAGCCAAAUUGUUGCGAGCAAAACCAUGAAGCCGAUGCUAGAGGGAAUUAGGGGAAACUUACGGAUGGCCUUGAAAAGACAGAAGAACGAGAUGGGAUACAACCUUGCCGCGUUGAAUGUUAUCGGUGCCCAGAUGAACGAGAAUACUGUGGACUAUGUUGAUGAUAGAGAGGGCGAUGAGAGCAGGAGUACACGGAAGCGGGGCUUUGUGCAAGUAGCAUAGCAUAAUUUACAAUCCCUAGUGACCGCUGCUUGCAUGAUGCCAAAUUCUCAGAUGUGACUUAGAAGCUUAGAACUGUAUCCCCACGAUCCUCGGAAGGAAGAGACAUCUCAAUCAAAUGCACACUUCUCGCGAGUGUUGGCAGAGACGCCUUGCUUGUUC